CAUCCGUAAAAAGUAUUCGUAAGAAAUCCAUACCUUUUCGACCAAUAAGAUGACCACAUUACACUGAGUGGCCGCAACAAAGAUUUACCAAAGCGUACUGCAUCGGGGGAGUGGAUCGAUCCCUCGUGUCUCUCUGUGUAUCUACAGCCCCAAUCUGCCACCAUGUCGAUGGUCUUUGACGAGUACGGUCGCCCCUUCAUCAUCCUGCGCGACCAGGAGCAGAAGGAGCGCAUCAAGGGCGUGGAGGCCAUCAAGAGCAACAUCUUGGCGGCUCGUACCGUGUCGAGUCUGCUGCGUACAUCGCUGGGCCCUCGUGGCAUGGACAAAAUGAUGGUCAGUCAGGACGGCGACGUCACCAUCUCCAACGACGGCGCCACUAUCUUGGAGCAGAUGCAGGUCGAACACCGCGUAGCUCAUCUGCUCGUGGAGCUCAGUAAGUCGCAGGACGAUGAGAUCGGCGACGGCACCACCGGCGUCGUCGUGCUGGCCGGUGCGCUGUUAGAACAGGCUGAGAAGCUUCUAGCGCACGGACUGCACCCCAUGCGAAUCGCCGACGGCUUCGAAGAGGCCUGUGAGAUCGCCUGCAAGCAUCUCGAGGCCAUCGGCGACGUGAUCCACUUCUCGGAGGAGGACUCGACGCCGCUUGUGGAGACAGCCAUGACCACUCUGUCCUCCAAGAUCGUGAACAAAUACAAGCGUCAGAUGGCUCAGAUCGCCGUCGAUGCCGUGAUGAAAGUCGCUAACUUCGAGACGCGCGACGUCAACUUCGACCUGAUCAAGAUGGAGGGCAAACCGGGCGGAACUCUGGGCGAGACGGCGUUAAUCAACGGAAUUGUGAUCGACAAGGACUUCUCUCAUCCUCAGAUGCCUAAAGAGGUCAAGGACGCCAAGAUGUGCAUCUUGACGUGUCCGUUUGAGCCUCCUAAGCCCAAGACUAAGCACAAAGUGGACAUCACCAGUGUGGAGGCCUACGAGAAGCUCUACAAACAGGAACAGGAGUACUUUACCACCAUGAUCAAGCAGGUUAAGGACAGCGGUGCCAACCUGGUUAUCUGCCAAUGGGGAUUCGAUGACGAGGCCAACCACUUGCUGCUACAGAACCAGCUCCCGGCUGUGCGCUGGGUGGGCGGCGUGGAGCUGGAGCUCAUCGCUAUUGCUACUGGAGGACGCAUUGUCCCGCGGUUCUCAGAGCUCACGGCAGAGAAACUCGGCCACGCUGGCACUGUGCGUGAAGUGGCGUUCGGUACCACCAAGGAGCGUAUGCUGGUGAUUGAGGACUGUGCGAGCUCGGACGCCAUCACUGUACUGGUGCGUGGUGGCAACAAGAUGAUCGUGGAAGAAGCCAAGCGCUCGCUGCACGACGCCAUGUGUGUGACGCGCAAUCUGAUCAAGAACAACCGCAUUGUGUACGGUGGAGGUGCUGCCGAGAUCGCUUGUGGUAUUGCUGUGCGUGAGCAUGCUGACAACACGACGGGCAUUGAGCAGUACGCUAUCCGUGGCUUUGCUGAUGCGUUGGAGGACGUUCCGAUGGCUCUGGCGGAGAACAGUGGACUGAACCCCAUCGACUCGCUCUCGGCCGUGCGCGCGCAGCAGAUCGCCGAGAAGAACCCGCGACUUGGAAUUGACUGCAACUCAUCGGGCACGAACGACAUGAAGGAGCAGCAGGUGUUCGAGACGCUUAUCGGCAAGCAGCAGCAGCUGCAGUUGGCGACGCAGGUCGUGCGAAUGAUCCUAAAGAUCGAUGAUGUCAUUAUUGAAGGCUCGUACGCGUAGGCUAGGACCAAACAGCGUCGCGAGUUGAUACAGUGACAGAAAAACAAAUGGAAGGUUUUAGUUUAUAGUCAGUU